CUCACACACCACCAUAAAGCAUUCUUGAUUUCCAUCUUCUUUGCUCCGGAAAAAAAUGUCAGACAUCCCCUCCGACCUCCAUCAUGAAAUACUCCAGCGAAUCCCCGCCGAUUCUCUCCUCCGCUUUCGUGCCGUCUGCAAGGGGUGGCGCCGCCUCAUCGACGACCCAUCCUUCGUCAGAACCCACGCCGCCAAUCAAACUUCCUCCACCACCCUCCUCAUCAGAAACUCAACCGCCACUCGGUUGUGUUCCUUAAAUCUGGAUUCCCUAAACUACGACGAAGCCCACCAGGUGAUCGACGUAAUGCCCGUGAAGGCUCUCUUCCGCGUAGGCCUGCCUCGUUCACCUGUUCUGCCGGUAGCCUGUUGCAACGGCCUGAUUCUCCAUUCCCAAUACGAGAAUGAAAAGACUUGGGUUAUAUGGAACACCUUAACCAGAGAGUUCCACGAGUUGCCCCAGUUCAAUACCGAGUUCGACGAUGCCGAUUCGUGCUUCAGAGGUGGUGGGAUCGGGUACGAUUCCGCUUCCGACGACUACAAAGUUGUGAGGAUAGAUUCACUGGACUACGACAGUGAUAGUAGAACUGUAUACCAAACUAGUUUUUAUAGUCUAAAAAUGGAUUCUUGGACGAUGACUAAGGAUUGCCCUUACGACUUUUCGUGGAUGAGGCAGCUUACCGGGGUUUUCCUCGACGGCGCAUUGCACUGGAUAUUACCGAACAUGAUAGUUGCGGUUGUUCUCGAAACUGAAGAUUACAGAGAACUGCCUCUGCCCGCGAAUUCCGUGGAACUUUACAAAAUGCAUCUAGAUGUGCUGGAUGGAUGCUUGGUUGUGAGUUACUUCUACCCGAUGGAUCGAUUGGAUGGAUGGGUGAUGAAAGAUUGUGGAGUGGAGAAAUCGUGGGUGAAGUUGUUUUCGUUUAGGGAAGUGGGAGAUGUUGUUGGAGUUCUGUGGUGCCUCAGGCCUAUUGCUUAUAUCAAGAGCAAAGGGCACGUUUUUCUGCAGCAUGGUUAUCGUUCGUGGGCUCCCGCGUAA